ACCACGGCCCACGGGAACGAGUGGGGAAAACCAAAAUUUCGUCAAGUCCCCACCGCAUUCGCUCAAACCCUAGCACAUUUCCUCCUCCGCCGCCAACCAUCUCUUCUUCUCUCCCCAGCGUCGUGUAAAGCAGCCCCCAGCCACAGAUCCAGCCUCCGUCUCACCCCUCGCCACCUCAACCGUGAAUACCACCCGUCGCUCCACAGUCUCGUGGCGGCGCGAUCCUUCCUCCCAUGUCCAGAUCCGCGCUCCUCGCGUCUUCGUGACCUGCCGGAACCCGCCGAUGCUCCGCGGUGGUUGCUAGCAUACGCUGCAGUACACGUCGUCCUGGCGCCUGUUAUCCACCUUCCCUGGCCCGUCGACCACUUCUCCCUCUUCGUCGCCAUCGGGAAGCAGCGCCCGAGAGCUGGACAAGCCUAGCUCGGCCAUGAGUUUUCGGCACUUUGGACAUGGAAUCUGUGUCUCCGCGGCGGCUAUUUCCCGGAUCCAGAGUGAGCUCAAGAUCAACAGCAGGUUUCUGCAGAGGUUUCCAAGCCCGGCUUCCUGGAGGAGCUCUCCCUGUGCAGCUGUUCGACCGGAGAGGAGAAGGGGAGCAGUGUGUACCGUUCGGGUGCGAUUCAAUCUAUCAUGGAGACGAGCGCAUCCUCCAGGAAGCCCUGAAGGCUCUCGCUGAAGAAGACCAAGGCCGAGAAGGACCCCAACAAGCCCAAGCAUCCCCGAGCGCCUUCUCCGUUUUCAUGAGUGGUUUAGGAAAUACUACAAGGCGAAGCAUCCCAACAAUAAGCUGGUCUCUAGUCCGCAAGGCCAGUGGUGAGAAUUGAAAGUCCCUAUCUGAUGUUGUAAGUGGACUGCCUGUUGGUUUUGAUAUUAGUUACCAGUCAGCAAUACAGUACUACUGUGUUGUUGUGUUUGAAUGUAGGUCUUCUGGCGUGAUUUCCAUUCUUCUUGUUCUUACGUUCAAAUUGGAAAUAUAUCAUUACAUAUAAUGCUUGCACACUGAUUACUUUUUCUUUCAUUAAAUAAAUACUUGCCAUUCCUUGCUUAAUUUGGAUUACUCUUCUGCAUAGUGUUGUAUUUUCAUGUAAUUUGUAGUGUUUAAUUCCUUUGUAGUAUACAUUUGAUUUCAUUUCCCUUUUCCUCACAAAUACAGUAUUUAUUGAUAGCUGGUUAUUACUUUGAUAGCUAUGACUUCUUUUUGGCUCUGCCAGCUGCCUUUAUUGUUGACAGUCCGUGAAGUAGGGAGUGCAUCGAGGGGAGCUCGCCAUCAUCCCAAGCCUUUGGUUUUAUCUGUUAUCAACUAAAUUUCCUCUAUUUAAUAUGAUGCUGUAUGUUUUGAUAGCUUGGGUUCUCCUUUCGGGUGCUCAGUAUACAAGAAAAGUCUAAACAGUUUUUCUGGCGUUUAGGCUUGGGAUGUAUAGAUAUUUGAAGUUGAUAAAUGUAAUUGUUUUCUGUUGAAAAUGUUUACUGUACUAUUGGUGAA